GGGACACGGAACACGUCAUAUUUACGGGACGCUGCUCCGCAUGUGAACGGAAGGUGAAAGACUUACUAACUUCACUUAUAAUCAACUUGAAUGACUUAUUCUACUGUUAAACCCAGGAGCGGUUUACCUGGCUGACGUCACACAGGCCUGUGGAGAGGAGGACGGUCACCAUGCUGAGUGUGUGGAGCUCCACCAGGUUCAGUAUCCUGCAGCUUCCUGUACGACCAGCCUGCUCAGGUGUGAUCCACAGGAGGCCACCUGCACCUGGUCGCACCCGCUCUGCACCACCAUCUUUAGACGGCCUCCACAGGUCUGGAGGAUGCAGACACCUGUCAGGUGUGAGGACUCUGUCAGGUGUGAGGACUCUGUCAGGUGUGAGGACUCUGUCAGGUGUCAGCGGCAGCAGCAGUGGUGCGGAUGUUGCAGAUGCUGCAGGUGCUCCAGACGCUGUAGAUGUUGAAGGUGCAGGCGGGUGGUACAGCAGCCUCUCAGAUUCGGGUCCGGUCCACCUGUGUGAACACUUCCUGGUGAGCUUACAGCAGGUAAGUGGGUUUCCGUGGUGGCUGAGCGUCGUCGUGGCGACGCUGUCGGUCCGGACGUUCAUCACUCUGCCGCUCGCUGCGUACCAGCUGGUCAUCAUCUCCAAGGUGGAGGCGCUGCAGGUGGAGAUCGCUGAGCUGGCCAAGAGGCUGCGGUACGAAGUUUCAGUACGAGCAAGAGAGAGAGGCUGGACAGAGAAACAGAGCCGGUUCCAGUUUCAGAAGAAUCUGCGUCGGAUCGUCUCUCAGCUCUACAUCAGGGACAACUGUCACCCCUUCAAGGCCAGCCUGCUGGUCUGGGUCCAGCUGCCGCUCUGGAUCAGUCUGUCUCUGGCCCUCCGGAACCUGAGCCUGGAUCAGUCAGCCCGGCAGGCUGAGCUGGCAGCAGGAGGCGCUCUGUGGUUCCCGGACCUCACGUCACCGGACUCCACCUGGAUCCUCCCGGUCUGUCUGGGACUCACCAACCUGCUGGUUGUGGAGGUGUUUUCCCUGCAGAGAGUCGCCACGUCCAGGUUCCAGCGGCUGGUCCUGAACUCCAUCAGAGGGUUCUCGGUGCUGAUGAUCCCCAUCGCUGCUGCGGUUCCAUCGUCCAUGGCUCUGUACUGGUUCACCUCCAGUCUGGUGGGAUUCGGUCACAACCUCGUCCUUCGUUCUCCUACAGUCCAUAAAAUCCUGCGCCUGCAGACUCAGCGGUCAGACUCUCCUUACAGAGACCUGCUCUCUGCCUUCAUCUCCAAGUACCGCAAAUAAAUCCAGGUUCUGCAUCAGAAGAUUCUCAGCUGAGGUUUAAUCAGAGGAACCUGCAGGACUUCAUUUCAGAGUCCAGCUGAGUUAACCAGCCCAGGACACAGCAGGCAGGUUUGGUUCCCUAACCCUACCUUGGCAGGUUCCUGGGGGUCUGAGAAACAUCUCCAUGUUUGUGCGUGGACUGAUUUAAAUGUGUGUGGUGCCGGAGAAUCUGUGAUGAUGGAACCACUGAAGCAGGUCUGAGUUUCACAUCACCAUGUGUUGCUGCUGUGCAGAAAUCAUGUUCAAAUAAGACAUAUGUGUUCAAAAAUAAACCAAAUGUGUGUUUUGUGAAGAAGUGAUUUCACUUGGA